GUUUGUUUUGUCAAGCAAGCAAGCAACUUACUUCAGUUGUCAAAUGUAUUUUUGUGAGCGUUCGCGAGUGACAAACGGCGCUGCUUCCUAAUUACCGUUUUAAUUAAAAUACGUUUGUUUAUUAAAAAGUUUAAAGCCACUCGUAAUUAAAACGUGCUGGCAAAUAAUGAAAACCGCGUCUUUAAGUUACUGAAGUAAUAAAAUACGUGAAUAUAACAAUAAAAAUCAGUUUAAUCUAUCCACAAUGGUGAAAGAUGGACGUAAAUAUCGGUCGUUGUCGAUCUAGAUUGUCGUCUUGACGCCGAUGCUUUAUGAAAUGUGAUCAAGUGCAUCAGAAAUUGAGGAUUUUUUAAACCGCAGUACACGGCUCAGCCAUGGCUGACGAGUCGAGCGUGCGUGUUGCUGUCAGGAUCCGUCCACAGACACCUGCUGAGGUGGUCGAAGGUUGUGGUAUAUGCGCUCGCGCCGGUGGACCGGCUGGCGAGGGUGGAGUUGCCCUGGGAUCAGAACGUGCCUUUACCUUCGACUACGCCUUUGAACCGUCAUGUUGCCAGCAAGCCGUCUACGACACCUGUGUCAGGAAGCUGGUGGAGGCAGCUCUGGAUGGAUACAAUGCCACUGUGCUUGCAUAUGGACAGACUGGCUCCGGCAAAACCUACACGAUGGGCAGUGGAUGGGAAGGCGAAGGGGAUGGUGAUGAAGAACGUCGUGGUAUCAUUCCCAGAGCCAUCAGAGACUUGUUCGCCGGCGCAGAAGCAAGGGCUGAUGAGGCGCGCGCACAGGGACAGUUGCCACCUGAGUUCUCCGUUCAGGCACAGUUCAUUGAACUCUACAAUGAAGACAUCGUCGACCUUCUUGAUCCUGCCAAAGAUCCUUUUGCUAAGGGCGCACUCAGGAUAACAGAAGAUGGUUGCGGCGGCGUCCGCAUAGUAGGAGCUUCGAUGCGAGCAGUCAGAGGGGCCCAAGAAGCGUUGGGAGCCCUGCGAGCUGGUGCCCUCGCGAGGACCACGGCAGCUACCAACAUGAACUCCUCAUCAUCACGAUCACAUGCAGUAUUCACUCUGUUACUCCGACAAAGGAGACUUGCACCAGACCAGGACACGUCUGUAGAUAGAGAGGCCGACUCCGAAGCACCCGAACAAUACGAAACACUCACGGCCAAAUUUCAUUUCGUUGAUUUAGCUGGAUCUGAAAGAUUAAAACGGACAGGUGCUACAGGUGAACGAGCGAAAGAAGGCAUAUCGAUAAACUGCGGGCUCCUAGCUCUUGGCAAUGUGAUAUCGGCUCUCGGUGAUCGUUCUAGAAAAGUACUGCACGUACCAUACCGGGACUCAAAACUAACGAGGUUACUCCAAGACUCAUUAGGAGGGAACAGUAACACAGUUAUGAUAGCUUGUGUGUCUCCCAGUGAUAGGGAUUUCAUGGAGACAUUGAAUACGUUGAAGUACGCGAACAGAGCGAGGAAUAUCAAGAACAGAUGUGUAGUGAACCAGGACCUGACGUCGAGGACUAUACACCAGUUGAGGCAGGAGGUCGCCAGGCUACAACUCGAGCUUGCUGAAUAUAAACAGGGUAAACGCGUAAUAUCAGAGAACGGCGAGGAAGGCUGGAGUGAUGUUGUUCAAGAGAAUGCGAUUCUCACCGGCGAGGUGGAGUCUCUUCGGCGAAGAGUGAAAGCCAUGCAGGGCACUAUCGAACAGUUGUCAGCGAGGAACAGUGAACUCGUUGCGGAGAAGGCGCUCGGCAACUGGGGACCAAAGGAUGGCAGCCCUGAUGCCAAUGACUGCUCGUUGACUGCACUUGUCCAGGGCUACGUAAGCGAGAUAGAAGAUCUUCGAGCUCAACUGAUGGAAUCGAACGCUAUGUACGAGGCGAGUCGUAAGCGUGAAGCGACGGUCGCCCGCACCAGGAACGACUCCGUACAGGACCCCUCACUCAUCAUUGAUGAUGCUAAACGGGAACUUUAUAAGGAAAAAGAGCUACUGGCGCGCAGCAUGGGCGAGUUAGAAUUCCAACGCAAGCUGAAUAUGAGCGAGAGCAUGACGAGCACGGUCGACGACAGACCUAUAGGGGAAAGGGAGAGGGCAGAAGGAGAAAGUGCAGAGGAUUCUGAACCUUCGGACGGUGACGGAGAGGCUAGCGACUCUGAGGAAGAAGAUUCAGAAGUUAAAGGUCAGCGCGUCCUCACGGCCCAGUUAGCCGCCCUAAGCGAGGACAUAGACACCAAAGCCAGACUGAUAGAACAACUAGAACUAUCGCAGCGCCGCCUGGCGGCGCUCAGGACGCACUACGAACAACGCCUAGACACACUACAUCAUCAGAUCAAAGCCACCAAUGAUGAGAAGGAUAAAGUACUGGCGUCACUUGCGAGCCAAGCGUCCCCGCCGAGCGACAAGCUGAAGCGCGUGAAGGAGGAGUACGAGCGUCGCGUGGGCAGCAUGUCGCGCGAGCUGAAGCGGCUGCAGGCCGCCGCGCGCGAGCACACGCGCCUGCAGCGCUCGCAGCAACACACCGCGCAACAGAUCGCCACGCUGCGCGCCGAGCUGCAGAACAUGAAGCGGGACAAGGUGAAACUAGUCCAACGUAUGCGCGAAGAAGCCAAGCGACACGCGCAAGCUGAAGCGGCGCGAGCCAAAGAGGUGGCACAACUCCGCAAAGAAUCUCGUAAGAACGCCAACCUGAUCCGAUCGUUGGAAGCUGAGACCAAGAUGAAGGAAGCGGUGUUGCGGCGUAAACAAGAAGAGGUAUCAUUGCUAAGGAGAGGACAUCGUGAUAAGCUCAGCAGCCGAGCGGCAGGCAGGCUACAUGACCGUGCUCAAGCCCGUAAAAGCAAGAACUACCGCGAGGCGUGGUCCCGGCUGGAGUGCUGGGUGUCACGCGCCGUGGCGGCUCGCGUCACGCUGGGCGAGCUGGAGGCCGGCAUGGAGCGCCUGCUGGCGCAGCGCGAGCGUGCGAGGGACCUCUCCGACCCCGACACCAUGCAUCUGCUGCGCUAUCUGCGGGACGCCAUCGCCGACACGCAGGCGCAGAUCAUGCAGAUUGAGGAGGAGAACGACGAGAACCAGCUGGCGACGCUGCUAGAGCAGGUGGAGAGUGCGGAGGCGGGGCGCUACUGUCUGCAGCGACUGGCCACCGCCACGUUGCAACACGCGCAGGACGCCGCGCGACACCACAAGAUGCUGCACGACACGCGCGCCCAGCUCGCACAGUUGGAGGAGCAAUCGGAGCGUUCUGCGGCGGCACUGAGGCUGGCUAAUGCGGACCAGAACCUGAACCCGUGGGGCGUCCCGGCCGCGCUGUCCGCCUUACUGCAACAUGUCUCCUCCGGCACUUCUACACGAUCCGUCUCGCCUGUCGACAGCUCCUUACUAGAGGUGCGUCCCACGAACGGAGUCCGGGAGUCCAGUACGGCACCCACGUCCCCGCCUGACGACAACACGCCCUCCCCCUUCCAGAGGAACACUCAACGUCGUGGCUCAGUACGUCUCCGCGACCUGGGCGUGAUAGGUCGGGACGAGGACCCGAUGACGCAGUCCUUGGUGGAGCCCGCCUCCCCCCGCCCCAUUCCGCUCAGUCGCGUGCCUAGCGCGCCUGGUAGUCUCAGAGGUCUUCAGCCCCUGAAUAGCAGUGGUGGGGUUUUACAAUCCCCCGUGGCAGUACGGCGCCCCCCCGCGCCCCCAGAGUCGCCCCGACCCCCCCGCCGACAUCUCGCCAAGCCCGCCUCCUUAGAGCCGAAUGCAACGGUUGGCACUCCGCCCGCUUCCCCGGGUGCCGCAAGGAGGGCUCGAGACGAUGAUGUCUUCCUCCGACUCACGGGCGCCGGCAACGAUAACACUCCUCAGGGCGUCGUUAAGGAAAUUGCUUUAAAGCGUACGAGUGGCAGUGGCGGUAGCGGUACGGGCGCGUGGCUGCAGUGUACCCACGUGGCGGAGGGUCACGCCGGAGCCGCGCUUGCACUGGCCGCCACGCCCGACCUGCUCUACAGUGGAGGAGUCGACCGCACGGUGCGGGGCUGGGACUUCGUGGCGGGCAGUGAGUCGUGGCGCGGGUGGUGCGGCGGCGGGGUGGGCGCGCUGGCGGCGGCCGGCCGCGUCGUGCUGGCCGCCGCCGGCGCCGCCGUCCGACUCUUCGACACGCGCUCCCGGACUCCCGUCACCACGCUCUGGUCGUCAGGAGUGACGGGCCCAUGUCCUGCAAACCGUGGCGUAGGCGGCGAGGUGGCAGUCACUGCGCUAGCACUCUCACAAGACCAUCGCCUCUACACCGCUGUUGGAGACAAACUCAGACUGUGGGACUUAAGGAUGAUGGAGUGUGUGUGCAAGCUAUGGACGGGACACGCGGCGGCCGUCAUGUGUCUGGCGGUGGGCCGCGCCCCGCACGGGGACCUCGUCGCUACAGGCUCCAAGGACCACUAUGUACGCACCCUCGAUAUGCUGCCACAGGAUACUGGUAACUAUGAAGCAAGCAAUCGCUGGCUACUAGAGCCGCCGCACUACGACGGCGUACAAGCGUUAGCACUGAGCCAAGAAGACGGCGCGUUAUACAGCGCCUCGCGUGAUACUAGUCUUAAGCGGUGGAGUCUAGCUGACCAUACGUUGACCCAUGGAGUUAUGAACGCGCAUAAAGGUUGGGUGACGGGUGUGUGCGUGGUGGGCGCGGGGCCGGGCGCGCUGGUGGCGAGCUGCGGGCGGGACGGCGCGCUGCGCGCCUGGAGCCCCGCGCUGCGCCCCGCCGCGCCCGCCGCCGCGCUGCCCGACCUGCCGCACGCACUGCGCGCGCAUCCAAGCCAACAUACGCCCGCGCUCUACACCGCCGGCAACGGCGGCGAAGUGCGCGCCUGGCGGGUCACCCUCGAGCAGUGA